AUGGAUCUGCCAUAUUCCGAGUCCACAGUAGCGGACAUCAACACGAUCGCAGAAUUCAUCUCUUGCGAGGACAUCUCCUCGCUGCUGACAUGUCCACCAGUCGACGUCUUGGUUCUCUGCGGCAACUCAAUCCUACCUAUUGCCCAUCACGUCUUUUCAGCCUUGGAGACGCGGCCGGAGCUGGCCAGAACAGUAGUGAUAUGCGGUGGGAUCGGUCACUCGACUAAAUUUCUCUACGAAGCAGUGAGAACCAGUCCGAGAUAUCACCCACUUUCGUCCGCUGUCCAAGGCAUGCCAGAAGCCAGAGUGCUGCAACUGGUGAUGGAACGCUUCUACCCGAGGAUCAGCGACCAUGUCCGAUCAGGGGCCUUGGUCAUUAUCGUCGAGGACGCCUCGACGAAUUGCGGAGCCAAUGCAGUGGAAACUCGAAGGGUUCUCGAGGCCCAUGGCGUUUCAGAGCCAGCGACCUUCAUCAUCGUCCAGGAUCCCACCAUGUCGUUACGCACCGUGGCGUCUUUCAAGAGAGCCUACGCCGAGGUCUCACCAGCCCCUAGUUUCUCGGCGUGUCCGACGUUCGUCCCUCGAACAGCUCUGGACGGAACAACAACACAACGGCCACACUUCCAAGUGCCUGGAAUUCAAGAAUCGGAACUUUGGAAUUGGCCGAGGUUCACCGACUUGGUCAUGGGCGAGAUCCCACGUUUGAGGGACGACGAGCACGGUUAUGGCCCGCGAGGGAGACAUUUCAUUGCUCACGUCGACAUUCCCGAUGCUGUUGAGGCUGCGUGGAAAAGACUAGAUGAGACACUGGGUCAUCUGGCCAUGAGAAAGGUGGCUCCAAGUCAAUAA